GUCCAUCUGUCAUCUUAAGUGCAUGCUCUUCGAUUGGAUACUUGUAUUACGUCAUCCUUCUUUUUAUUUUGUUACUGAACACUGUCGUCGUGGCUACAUAUUUUUUAAGUUUGGAGCUAUUUCCUAUAUAAACCCCCGCUUUAAUUAUUGUGCCGUCCAUGGGUUUUCCAUUUGUAUGGCUACCUAAUUUUCUUUCGUCGACAAUUCACGUUCCCUUUUUCUUAAAUAUCUGCCCUCAUCGUCGUGCUACCACGUCUGAUCCGCAACCUUUCUAGACAUAUAUCGGACGCACCAGCAAGAUGAGCACCAAUUUUCAAUCUGAGAUUCCAGGGUAUUUCUGGGAUCCAGAAAAACAGCGCUACUUCAAAGUGGAACAAAACCAUCACGCUGCUCGUCAUGACGCGCCUUGGUCUUCUGACAAUGUUAAGAAGCGCAAGCUCAAUGAAGUGGCCGCAGCUGAGAAAGCCCACUACGAGGCUCGAAGCUUAAGUCGUAUCACCCGGUCGAGAGUCUUCAAUGAACCGCUGAUGGGCGGCUUCCUUGCUCGUGAACAUGGCGAUGACGUUCGUGAUCUCCGCGCUGCAAGUUUUGCACAGGGUUUAGUUGAGAAAGGCAAAACUUCUCUCAGAGAGCGGACGAAUAGGAACCUCGAAGCUAUGUUUGUCUCUAAGAAGAAGGACGAGAAUGGUGUUUAUCCGGUAGUGUCAUAUGGCACAUACAUUCCUUAUAUCAUCAAAUUCUCUAUAGCUCGGGAUGAAGAGACUGGAAGAAUGCAAGAGUCUCCAAUUGCUCUCGAUCUACACAGCUUACUUGUAGAAGAUGGCUAUCCUGUUAUAACAGACAUCAAGUGCGAUGCAACUGGGAGUAGAGCAUUUGUCAGUUCUACCUCUGUCGGCGCCGGGUCUGUAGGCUUCCUCAGCAUACGGCUCGACUCGCCGGGGAUAGUGUGUGAUACAGUUCAAUACGCGUAUUCGUAUUCCUGCCGAUCAAACGCCAUUUGUACAUCACCACCAGGCCAAACUCUCCAAUGCUUGAUGGGAACAAAUUUGGGUCUUGCGGCACUCGAUGAACGAAAUCACGUAAGGGUGGUUGCAGUCACGGACUUUGACUCUGGGGGAGACUACCGAUCAUCGGGAUCUCACGAUAUUUUUGGCGUUGACUAUCAUGUUACCAAUCCCAACCUCGUGUUUUUUGGUGGUCGCCCUGGCAAGCUCUGCAUUGGUGAUCUUCGUCAGAACGACUUUGAGUGGAGCGCUAUCCAACUGCCGAAGUCUAUCGCGCACGUCAAGGCAGUCAACGACAACCAGGUUUUGGUGGCAGGCCUUGAAAACAUGAUGUCCGUCUACGACAUCCGAUUUUGUGACCGCACCACAAUCAACGACAACCGAGAUAUCAAGUCGGGACGAGGCUGCAAGAAGGGCGGUGAUCCAAUCGUGACAAUGCAAGAAUACAAGAGCCAGUCUCGCUUCAAUACCGGCUUCGACUUCGACCGCACUUUGGGCAUAGCGGCGGCAGCUCAUGAAGAUGGCAAGGUUGUGUUGUAUUCCGUGCGCAGUGGUCGCCGCUUGCCGUCCCGAGAUAUCGACAAAAUCCACUCGCGGUGGGGACAGAUUGAAUGUCUCCAAUUCCAGACAAUGGAAGAUGAUCACACGCCGACCUUGUUUGUCGGUGAGGGAAACGACAUCAACGCCUUUUCCUUUGGCGUUGACAACCUCGACGAUGAGUGUUGAUGCCUUCGCUGAAUGCUCUUCGUCUUUGUUUUUCGUUUCCUUUGGGGCACGGGGCCUCCUUGAGUUUCUGCUGCAUGCUGGACGACAAGCUUGGGUUGCCUACGAAGGAACGAACAUUUUGCAUCUGAGGGAGGGAGGGAUAUGAAAUAGGCAUUUGCAUCGUCGUUGGCAUGUGAGCCUAGGUAA